AUGACAGUCUCCCGGCACAGAUGCGUCCCCUUUGUGGCCGUGGCCAUUGCCAAUGUGGCGAUAUUCAUAGUCGCGUUUCUCUACAUCACGCAGUACUGGGAACUUGAAGGGCUGGCCGCCGUCUCGAAUAGUAAAAACCGCCAACCCAACCCCCCGGGCCUCACGCUCACGGCCAGCGUGCCCAAGCAGUAUGUCCCCACGGUCAAAAACGGCCGCCGUCUCCUCGUCAUCGGCGACAUCCACGGCAUGAACACGGAGCUGGGGAACCUCCUCGACCUGGCCAAGUACGACGCGGCAACCGACCACGUCAUCACCCUGGGAGACAUGGUCAACAAGGGCCCGGACUCGCGGGGCGUGUUAUCGCGCCUCAUGUCCAUGAACGCCAGCGCCGUGCGAGGCAACCACGAAGACCGCCUCCUGCUGGCGCUGCGGGAGCACAGCGCACAGGCGGCACCCGCCGCCGAACAAGACGACACCGCGCACGCCUCCCGGAAGCGCAACAGGAAGAUUCUCAAGGUCGCCAAGACCCUGCUCCCAGAGCAAAUCACCUGGCUCGCGGGCCUGCCCGUCAUUCUCAAAUCCCCGGCUCUGCGCUUGUACUUUGUCCACGGCGGCCUCGUGCCAGGCGUCAAGCUGGACAAGCAGGACCCCUGGGCGGUCAUGAACAUGCGCACACUGAGAUACUCUCAAGAAGAACUUCGGCGUCAUGACGACCAUUCUAGCGCGCAGGCCGAGCUCGAUGACGACGACGACGACGACGAGGGCAGCGAGGUCACGCCGGCGCAAAAAGUCGUCGCCAUACCCAUCGACGACCACUCCGGCGAGAGAUGGGACAAGGCAUGGAACAAGUACCAGCGGAAAUUUGUCAAGAAGGGCCACCGCCAGACUGUCAUGUACGGCCACGACGCGAAAAGGGGCUUUAUCGAGGGCAAGUACACCGUUGGUCUGGACUCGGGGUGUGCGGCGGGCGGUCACUUGACGGGCUUGAUUGUCAAGGCCAAGGGCCAUGGCGGAAUUUCGUACGAAAAGAUCCAAGUCCCGUGCAAAGCGGCCCGGAGACGCAAAGAGACGUAA